CACACACACACACACACACAAUGGUCAUCGAGCAAAACCCGUCAUCCAAGAAAGUGUGCGUGAUAGGCGCAGGGCCCGCGGGCCUGGCCGCGGCCCGUGAGCUCCGUAAAGAAGGCCAUGACGUGGCAGUCCUGGAGCAGAGCCACGAUGUGGGGGGCCAGUGGCUUUACAACCCGAACGUGGACCAGGAAGGCCCAUUAGGCCCACCAAAGGUCCACAGCAGCAUAUACAGUUCCCUGAGGCUGACCUCUCCAAGGGAGAUAAUGGGCUUCACGGACUUCCCUUUCGCGGCCCGAAAAGGAGGAGACAUGCGGAGGUUCCCGGGCCACGCGGAGCUUCUUUCGUACUUGCGCGGUUUUUGCGAGAGGUUCGGUUUGAGGGAGGUGAUUAGGUUCGGGACUCGAGUCGAGCGUGUGGAGAUGUUGGAUUACCCUGUUUUGGAGAAGGAUUUGAGGUGGGUUGUGAAGAGUAGUAAGGCGGAGAAAACGGUUGAGGAAGUUUAUGAUGCGGUUGUUGUGGCCACCGGGCAUUAUUCGCACCCUCGUUUGCCCAAAAUAGAAGGAAUGGAUGCAUGGAGAAGAAAGCAGAUGCACAGUCACGUCUAUAGGGUCCCGGAGAGCUUCAAGAAUGAGGUAGUUGUGGUUGUUGGGAAUUCAUUAAGUGGUCAGGACAUAUCUAUGGAGCUUGUGAAUGUGGCAAAAGAGGUUCACUUAAGCUCCAGAUCCCUCAACAUUUCACAAGGAUUGUCAAAAGUCAUCUCUAAAUAUGAUAAUCUACACCUUCAUCCCCAGAUAGAGUUACUACAAGAGGAUGGAAAGGUUUUGUUUGCCGACCGUUCUUCAACAACUGCAGACACUAUCAUAUACUGCACGGGGUACUCUUACUCAUUUCCAUUUCUUGAUACCAAAGGAAUAGUUGGGGUGGAUGAUGACAGGGUGGGACCUCUUUAUGAGCAUACAUUUCCUCCUUCUUUGGCUCCUUCUUUGUCCUUUAUUGGCAUUCCAAGAAAGAUUAUAGGUUUCCCUUUCUUUGAAUCCCAAGCAAAAUGGAUUGCUCAAGUCCUGUCUGGAAGAAAGAUAUUGCCAUCAUGGGAUGAUAUGAUGCAAUCAGUCAAAGAGUUUUACCACUCAAGGGAAGUUGAUGGUAUCCCCAAGCACAACACUCAUGAUAUUGCAUGUUUUGAGUAUUGUGAUCAAUACGCGGACCACGUUGGGUUCCCACACUUGGAAGAGUGGAGGAAAGAGCUAUGCUUGUCGGCUUUGAGAAAUGCCGAGAUAAACUUGGAAACAUAUCGCGAUUCGUACGAGGAAGAUCAAGAAUUGCUUCAAGUUGCUUUUAGUAGCCCUCACUUCACUCAGUUUGGACAAAAAGAUCAUACAUUUCUGAAUUAAACGGUUUUUUUUUUUUCCUUAUUUGUGAUUAUACGAUGGCACACUCAGUUUGGCAACAUAUCACGAUUCGUAUGAGGAAGAUCAAGAAUUGAAUGAGGCCAAACAUAUUUAUAUAUACUUUGUGAAGAAAGAAGAAGUUUUGUUGUUCUGUUUCAGUUGAUUUGUACUGUAUAAUUUGAGAUGCUCUGCAUUUCUCAAAUGAGCUUAAAAAGUGGAUCAAAUAUGGAUUGAUGCUUGCUAGCAUUUCCUCACACGGACUAAAAUUGACUCUUGUUUUAAAUCUUGCAUCACAAAAUUUUGUUGUGAGACAACCUAAUGGUUGGAUGGUAG